AUGAUGGGACCCCCGCGGAAAAUGCCGUCACGGCUUUCGGCGUCUAGGAUUCUUAGUUAUGACAAGGCCGAGCGGAGCUCUAGCGCACCGCCUAGUUAGUUCUUUCUGACUGGAUAAAGUUUCUCUAACUUACUUACGACUUUACAUAGCUAAUCAAUCAAAGCAUUCAAAACAACUAUUUAUAUCCUCUUUCUCCGCAUUUGAAAGUCUCUUAUCUUUGGAAUUCAGUUAAUCGCUAUGACAAGAAUUCCGCCUUCCUUGAUCAAAGUCGCAACGACGUUGUCAAACUAGACCCAUGGCGGACGGAGUUAGAUCAACUGCGGCUGAACAAUACCAGGUACCAGCCCAAUGCUCUUAAAAGCAGCUGA